UAUAGUUGCACGUGAUCCACCACGUUUCUUUCUCGCUGGGUCAAGAUGCAGAUCUUCGUGAAGACACUGACGGGUAAGACCAUCACCCUGGAGGUGGAGGCAUCAGAUACUAUAGAGAAUGUGAAGACCAAGAUCCAGGACAAGGAAGGUAUUCCUCCUGAUCAGCAGAGACUUAUAUUCGCUGGCAAGCAGUUGGAAGAUGGCCGAACUCUGUCGGACUAUAACAUUCAGAAAGAGUCCACUCUUCAUCUGGUCCUGCGCCUGCGUGGUGGUGUUAUAGAGCCUACGAUGCGUCUACUGGCCCAGAAGUACAACUGUGAUAAGAUGAUAUGCAGAAAGUGUUACGCUCGUCUUCAUCCUCGUGCCAAGAACUGCCGUAAGAAGAAGUGUGGCCAUUCCUCUCAACUCAGGCCAAAGAAGAAGCUUAAAUAAACUGAUGUGUCAAACUCUUCACUACUUACAAUGUAUUCUCUUUGUAAAGAAUGUGAUUUCUUAAGUGACAAUUUUAUACAUCUAUAAGUUAUUUGCUUUGCAUAAAAAUAAGAAUGCACGAUAAUUGUAUAAAAUUAAUUGAUAUUAUUGAAA